AUGUGUGUGAUACCUUGUUCUGUUAUAGGAGUGUCGGUGUUGGCCAAGGACUGUGCUGUAAGGAACUACGGCGCCAGCAGCAUAGUGUGUGUCUGCAAUUCCACGUACUGCGACAAGAUAGAGCCCAUAAGUAAGGACUCCAUCUCUGGAGGACACUACACGCACUUCGUCUCCAGCAAGGCUGGCCUCAGGCUCAAACAAACUACAAACAAGUUCGUCCAAUCAGACUCUGCAUUGUCUCGCGAGGACACUCUGAAGCUGACGGUGCAGAGACACGUCCAGUACCAGGAGAUGCUGGGCUUCGGCGGAGCCAUCACCGACUCCACGGCCAUCAACAUCAAGAGCUUGAGCGACAAGGCUGAGGACAACCUCAUGCAGAGUUAUUUUGGCAAAGGUGGAUCGCAGUACACAAUUUUGAGAAAUCCUAUUGGAGCAUCUGACUUCUCAUCGAAAUACUACACCUUUGAUGACGUGACUAAUGACACAGAACUCAAUAACUUUGCUUUGGGGGAAGAAGAUUUGAAAUACAAGCGUGCACGACAGCUGAACAAACUUGGAGAAAGACUCUUUGCAUCUGCCUGGUCGGCGCCAUACUGGAUGAAGAAAAAUGGUACAACUAAAGGCAUUAGUUAUCUGUUGCCAGAGAACUACCAGAUAUGGGCCAACUAUUAUGUUAAGUACUUCGACGCAUACGCCAAGGAGAAUGUGACUUACUGGGGAGUGACUGCCCAGAAUGAACCGACCCAAGGUAAUAUCUAUCCCUCUGGAAUCAUCUCCAUGGGCUGGACCGCGGAGCAGCAGAGGGACUGGAUAGCGCAGCAUCUGGGUCCAACCCUGCACAAGGGAGGCUACGACUACCUCAAGCUGAUGAUACUGGACGACAACAGACUAGUCCUCCCGAAGUGGGCCGAGACGGUUUUAGGCAAGAAGACAGCUCGAGAUUACGUGUCUGGAGUCGCUGUCCAUUUCUACGCAGAUGCCUACUUUAGUCCAUCUAUCCUCAACCAAACCCACAACGAGUUCCCGGAUAAAUUCAUUCUGUACACUGAAGCAUGUGACCUUCAUAAAAUAGUUACUAGUGAUCUUGGCAACUGGGAAAAAGGAGAAAAUUAUGGCAAGAGCAUUUUAGAGGUGAUGAAAAAUUGGGGCGUGGGCUGGACGGACUGGAGCAUGGCUCUGGACCUGGAAGGUGGGCCAACGUGGACAGGUCGCCCAGUAGAUAGCCCGAUCAUCGUCAACUCCACGGCUGACGAGUUCUACAAGCAGCCCAUGUUCUACUUCCUGGCGCACUUCUCGUCCUUCGUGCCGCCCGGCUCAGUGCGCAUCGGACUCUCCUCCGAGCAGUCUUCUGACGUCAUGUCCACGGCCUUCGUCACCCCGUACCAGGAGACCGUCAUCGUGCUCAUGAACAGCAAUGACACAGCCAGGUCGGUGGUGCUCUCAGACAACAGCAGAGGAAACAUUGCUGUUGAUGUUCAAGCCAGAAGCAUCCACACCAUCCUCUACAAGUAGAGACGACAUUGAUGUACAAUAGUACUAAGAAUUGAAUAAAUUUUAUAACAUCCAAA